AGAUAAGACAAUACAUGUAAAGUGAUUUACGUAGCGCCUCGGAAGGUAACAGGUGUUCAAUACAUUCGCUAACAAUUAUGCUACUUGAAGAAUCUCUCAGCUGGUAAGAAUUUUGAGUAUCGUCUAUCCCUCGAUUAUCAAGUAUUUAGAGAGAAGUUUCGUUUUCUGAAUAAAGAUGAUUAUAGUCACACAAUCGUGCAGAAUGCCCCCCAGUGUGGGUACAAAUGAAGACCAACAAAGCCCAAGUCUUAACCAGUAAGCUCUGUUGCCUCCUCGGAGAAAGGACAUGACAAACAACCGACGGGCAGAACCUGAGGGACAAAGCCCUGCUCCGUCUUCCCCACUCCUAAAUUUUCCCGCCAGGCCCCGCGCUCCACCCUAACGCAGCUGCGGAUUCUCUCCGCCCCCAGCUCCUCAGCCCCUAGUUCCCGUCAUCCCCUGGGCUCUCCCCUUCCCCGGCCGAAAUCCCGCGUGGGCUCUUUUCCUCCGCGCUGGUCGCUAGGUGAUUCCCGAGGACUGUGGGAAGUCUCGCGAGGGGGGGUCCCGUUGCCCUGGAAACGAGUGGCCUCGCCUCUUGCGGGGCGAAGGGCGUGGCUGGGGCUGUUAAACUACAGCGGCGUUGCUUCCAGCUACUAGACUGUCGGUGUCUCCGGUAGGACGGCUGCUCCCGCCAGGGAACGGACGACUGGCCAGGCCAGAGGACUCGGGGCGGGGGCGAGGGCCCGGCCAAGGCGGUCGAGAGGGGAAAGACAUCGCAGACGGGACGCCCCCUGCGGGAAGCGAGCGCGCCUGGAAGACCGCGCGUUCCAGAAAAUGGGCUCCUUCCCAUACUGCCGCGUCCAGAAGUGAGGGUGGGAGGAACACCUUGCCGACACCACUUGUGGCUUAAAAGGCCCCAGUCCUCCCCACCUAGAAAGUGACCGUGCCUGCCCGCAGACCUGCCCGGCGCGGCUGGGCUUGGAAGCGUCUGCUUUUGCCUCUUCUGCCGCCGACGUGGAAGCUACGCAGGAGGCGCCCAUCAGAUAAUCUGUGUGUGUGGCUUUCCUGAAGCCCAGGUUUUACAUUACAGCAGCCUACCUACAUAAUAAAAGAAAUUUCAAGCCAGAUAUUGGAAGAAAUGUCAGAAGAUUCAGAAAAGGAAGACUAUUCAGACAGAACAAUCAGUGAUGAUGAAUCCGAUGAGGAUAACUUCAUGAAAUUUGUAAGCGAAGAUAUCCACCGGUGUGCACUUUUAACAGCUGACUCUAUUAGUGACCCAUUUUUCCCCCGAACUACCCAGAUACUGUUGGAAUAUCAACUAGGGAGAUGGGUGCCACGUCUUCGUGAACCACGAGAUUUAUAUGGUGUCUCUUCUUCUGGUCCACUGAGCCCUACACGGUGGCCGUACCACUGUGAGGUCAUUGAUGAAAAGGUCCAGCAUAUUGAUUGGACUCCUUCUUAUCCUGAGCCAUUGUACACCCCAACAGGCCUAGAGAUGGAACCCCUUUAUCCAAACUCCAAGGAAGAUACUGUAGUUUAUCUAGCUGAAGAUGCUUACAAGGAGCCCUGUUUUGUGUAUUCCCGAGUAGGGGGCAACCGAACACCUCUGAAGCAACCUGUGGAUAACUAUGACAAUACUUUGACGUUCGAAGCAAGGUUUGAGAGUGGAAAUCUACAGAAGGUAGUCAAAGUGGCAGAAUAUGAAUACCAGUUGACCGUGCGCCCUGACCUCUUCACAAAUAAACACACCCAGUGGUACUAUUUCCAAGUCACUAAUACCCAAGCAGGAAUAGUCUACAGAUUCACUAUAAUCAAUUUCACUAAGCCUGCUAGUCUUUACAAUCGGGGUAUGCGCCCACUCUUUUAUUCUGAAAAAGAAGCCAAGGCUCAUAAUAUUGGCUGGCAGAGAAUAGGAGAUCAAAUCAAGUAUUACAGAAACAACCAGGGACAAGAGGGGCGCCAUUAUUUCUCUCUUACAUGGACAUUUCAAUUUCCACACAACAAAGAUACCUGCUACUUUGCUCACUGCUAUCCAUAUACUUACACCAACCUGCAAGAAUAUCUUUCUACUAUCAAUCAUGACUCAGUACGGUCAAAGUUUUGUAAAAUACGUGUCUUGUGCCACACGAUUGCUAGGAACAUGGUGUAUGUUUUAACAAUCACUACUCCCUUCAAGAGCACUGACUCAAGAAAACGAAAGGCUGUGAUUUUGACUGCAAGGGUACAUCCAGGAGAAACCAACAGCUCUUGGAUCAUGAAAGGCUUCCUAGAUUAUAUUUUAGGAGACUCAAGUGAUGCGCAGUUGCUUCGGGACACUUUCAUCUUCAAGGUGGUACCCAUGCUGAAUCCAGAUGGUGUGAUUGUGGGAAAUUAUCGUUGUUCCUUAGCUGGACGAGAUUUAAACCGUAAUUAUACAUCUCUCCUGAAGGAAUCAUUUCCUUCUGUUUGGUAUACCCGGAACAUGAUCCGUAGAUUGAUGGAGAAACGAGAGGUUAUUUUAUAUUGUGACCUUCAUGGCCACAGUAGAAAAGAGAACAUCUUCAUGUAUGGUUGUGAUGGUAGUGAUAGAUGUAAAGCAUUAUACCUACAGCAACGAAUCUUCCCACUUAUGCUGAGCAAAAAUUGUCCAGACAAAUUUUCAUUCUCAGCUUGCAAGUUUAAUGUUCAGAAGAGCAAAGAGGGAACAGGAAGGGUAGUAAUGUGGAAAAUGGGAAUCAGAAACAGUUUUACUAUGGAGGCUACUUUUUGUGGAUCUACCCUGGGUAAUAAACGGGGCACUCAUUUCAACACACAAGACUUGGAGUCAGUGGGAUACCAUUUUUGUGAUUCUCUCUUGGAUUAUUGUGAUCCAGACCGAACCAAGUAUUACCAGUGCUUGAAAGAAUUAGAAGAAAUGGAAAAACAUAUAAACUUGGAAAAAAUCCUUGAGGAUUCAGAUACUUCUCUGAAAGAAAUGACACUGGAUCUAGAGUCUAGUAGCCGAGGCUCCGACAGUUCAGAAUCCAAUGAGUCUCAGACUUAUCUUCUCAAGUUAACUUCUCAGAUAAAAAGCAAGAAAAAACACCUGAAAACAAAGAAGGAAAGAAAUUCUACCAUAGCAAGUCAUCAAAACACCAGAGAAGAGCAAGAGGCAUGUGAUAAAGGACAUUUAGUGCGAAGACACAGAGAAUCAAAUUCUGAUGUGAAAGAUAUAAAGCCAAAUGUAUCAGAUGAUUGUAUAUUUGAUUAUUUCAGAAGACCAUUCCCUAAUCAAGGUUUGGAUCUGCAUCACAACCUUAAAAGCAAAAUGAAAGAAUGUACUUCUUUCCAGAGCAAGAAGACUGGCAUAAAUUGGACAGAUGAUGAAAAAAGAAUCUACAGGGAUAAAAAAAUAGCUCAAACUCAAGAAAUAUUGCAGUAUUUGCUCCCUAUCAUGGAAAGUACUAAAAACGCGCAAACCCCUCAGAUAAAACAAAUACUCAACCCAAGAACCAACUGCCAAAUUCAACAUCAACUAAUGCCAGCUACUUACAUAAAUAUACAGAGAUGCAGCACAUCCUGGACACCACCCAGAAAUCACCCUUUUAUAAGCCAAAGGAAUCUUAUGGUAAGCUCUCCAGAGUGGCUCCAGUCUGUGUCCCAGAGAUCACUUGAAAGUCUGUCAGCUCUCAAAGUGCCCAAGAAGAAGAAAAAACACUCUCGAAUCAAGGCCACAAAGACUAAAGACAUGAAACCUCUCAGCAGCAAAUGGGAGACUAUUCCCUCAAGUUUUGAAAAGGAUGCAGAUAUUAUCAAAGAAAAGAGUCUUCAAGCUGAAGAAUCCAAUGAGCAAAACUCGAUGCAAAUAGCUCCACGUCCAAUUAAAAAUAGGAAUGAGCAACCAAGUAAGAAUCAUGGACAGGCCACCUUCUAUUUGAAGUUCCAAAGGGACAAAUAAUUUAGCUUUAUGCUACUCUGAAAACCAUGGAUGAAAAAUACCAUAUGCUUACAUAGUAAAAAGAAAAGGAAAAGAAAAAGAAAAAGCCCUCCCCAGCCCCUAUCUCUAUCCCUCCCCUUACACAUACAUAUGCAUAUACUAAAAGUCUAGAUAACCCAUCUUCAUUAGUGACAACAUCUUUCAGAGAUUUAGAAAGAAAUCCAGAGAAAAUACAGAAAAUUUAAAAUCACUUAUUUAUAUUUGAUUUUUGCCAAGAUGGAAAAAAAAUCUAUGAACUUUUGAAUUCUCCCAAAACAACGUAGGCAUAGAACACCAAAAAAACUAAGAACUCAAGGACGGAAUGACAUGUACGAUCAGUGACUUUAACAUCCCUACUAGGCACCUUAAUGAAUCAGUCAACAAACAUCUUUUCUUGAAUUUGUUUUAUCUUUAGUGUGCUAGAAACCAUCAGUGAUAUAAAAGACAUUUCUCCCCACUAGAAGAUUACUGUAUAAUUGUACAUAUAAAACACCACACAAGACUAAAAUAAUUACAGAAUAAGAGGGUGCAUAGGAAAGUACUAAGUUGUAUAGCUCCAACAAUUAAAGAAAAUACUAUAUAUUAAAGGACGUUAAUUGCGCAGAGCAAGUGUGUCACAAAAUGGCACUGAAAUGCAUAGAUUAUGGUAUACAAUGGUCAUUUGACUUCUCAAAAUGUAGCAACCAUGUAAAAGUUCAGAUGUGCAGUUUGCUUUAGAGCUAAUGAAUGUACAUCUCCAGCCAUUUAUUCAUGUGAAAGCAAGUAGAACAUCUCACAGUUUAUCACUGAUAAGACAGCAGUGGUGGAAUUCCUCAGGGACACUGCAGAGAAAUAGGUAUGUCAGGCAAAGAAGUCAAGAUGGAUGUGAUAAGUGAGAAAAUGAGUCACAGGUCACCAGUGGUGUCCAUUACAGGAUAAGGAUAAGCAGAAUGAGAAUCAGUAGAUGAGGCACAUGAAAGUUAUAGGCUACAAGCUAAUUAGGUCAUGGUAGCAAGAUGGAACUAAGAAAACCUAAGGUUGGGUAGGCUACUCUCAACAAUUACAAUAGCCAAAGAGGGUUCAAGGAGAGCUCACUGGGAUAGUAAAAGAGUAACUGCUAUAUUUUUGUUUUGGUUUUAUUUUUGGUUUUAAUAGAGUUUAUUUUUUUAGAGAAAGUUCACAUCAAUACUGAGCAGAAAGUACAGAGAUUUCCCCCAUAAACUCCUUGAUACCCACACAUACAUAUACAUAGCCUCCCCAUUAGCACCAUCGCCCACCACUUAUUACAACUAAUGAACCUAUAUGGAUACAUCGUUACCAUCCAAAGUCCAUAGUUUACAUUAGGGUUUACUCUGAGUGUUGUACAUUCUGUGGCUUUGGACAAAAGUCUAAUGAAAUAGAUCUACCAUUACAGUACCCAUACAGCUUAGUUUCACUGGGGCGCCUGGAGUGGCUCAGUCGGUUAAGCAUCUGCCUUGGGCUCAGGUCAUGCAUGAUCCUGGGACUCUCGGAUCAAGUCCUGCAUCGGGCUCCCCGCUCAGUGGGGAGUCUGCUUCUGCUUCUCCCUCUCCCCCUCCCUCCUGCUCGUGCUCGCUCUCAUGCUCUCUCAAUAUUUCUCUCUCUCAAAUAAAAUCUUAAAAAAAAAAAAAGGUAGUUUCACUGCCCUAAAUAUUCUCUCUGCAUAUUCAUCUUUCUCUUCCCACUAACCCCUGGCAAUCACUCAUCUUUUUCCUGUCUCUAUAGUUUAACCUUUUCCAUAAUAUCACAUAGUUGGACUCACAUAAUAUGUAGCCUUUUCAGAUUGGCUUAUUUCACUUAGUAAUAUGCAUAUACAUUUUAUCAUGUCUUUUCAUGGCUUAAUAAUUUGUUUAUCAUGCUGAAUAAUAUUCCAUUGUCAAUAAAAUUUAUAGACUUAUGGCAAUGUUAACUAAGAAAAAAAAAGACAAAUUAAUAUCAGAAAUGAGAGACCAUCAGUACUGAUACCACAGAUGUUAAAAGGUUAAUAAAAGAAUAUUCCAAACAACUCUCUACUCACAAUUUGGUUAACCUAUAUGAAACAGACCAAUUCCCUGAAAGACGCAAUCUGCCAAAAUUCACACAGGAAGAAAUAGACCAGCUGAAUAAGCCUGUAUCAAGUAAAGAAACUGAAUCAAUAAAUAAGUUGUCAAAAGAGAAAUCACCAGGCCCAGAUGGGUUGACUGAAUUCUACAAAAAAUUUAAGAAAUUACACCAAAUCUCUACAAUCUCUAACAGAAGACAGAAGCAGAGAAAAUACUUCCAUUAUAGUGUAUGAAAUAAAAAAUGGUACGGCCACUUUGGGGCAGAAGACAUGAAAAGACACUUCUCUGAAGAAGACAUACAAAUGGCUAACAGACACGUGAAAAAAUGUUCAUCAUCAUUAGCCAUCAGGGAAAUCCAAAUCAAAACCCACACUGAGAUACCACCUUACACCAGUUAGAAUGGCCAAAAUGGGCAGGGAGAGAAACAACAAAUGUUGGAGAGGUUGUGGAGAAAGGGGAACCCUCUUACACUGUUGGUGGGAAUGCAAGUUGGUACAGCCACUUUGGAAAACAGUGUGGAGGUUCCUCAAAAAUUUAAAAAUAGAGCUACCCUAUGACCCAGCAAUUGCACUCCUGGGUAUUUACCCCAAAGACACAGAUGUAGUGAAAAGAAGGGCCACAUGCAUCCCAAUGUCCAUAGCAGCAAUGUCCGCAAUAACCAAACUGUGGAAAGAGCUGAGAUGCCCUUCAACAGAUGAAUGGAUAAAGAAGAUGUGGUCCAUAUAUACAAUGGAAUAUUACUCAGCCAUCAGAAAGGAUGAAUACCCAACUUUUACAUCAACAUGGGUGGGACUGGAGGAGAUUAUGCUAAGCGAAAUAAGUCAAGCAGAGAAAGUCAAUUAUCCUAUGGUUUCACUUAUUUGUGGAACAUAAGGAAUAACAUGGAGGACAUUAGGAGAAGGAAGGGAAAAAUGGAGGUGGGAUGGAAUUGGAGGGGGAGAUGAACCAUGAGAGACUAUGGACCUGAGAAACAAACAGGGUUUUAGAGGGGAGGGGAGAGGGGGGAUUGGUUAGCCUGGUGAUGGGUAUUAAGGAGGGCACAUACUGCAUGGAGCACUGGGUGUUAUACGAAAACAAUGGAUCAUGGAUCACCACAACAAAAACCAAUGAUGUACUGUAUGGUGACUAACAUAACAUAAUAAAAUUAAAAAAAAAAUUGGUACAGCCACUUUGAA